AUGGGCUCUUCCAGCGGGUCACGCGCCAAGAUGAGCCAGAUGUACGAGCGCGUGAUCAAUGUGAUCAAGAAGAGCCCUGAUCAGCGGCAACAGCACGAGGUGGAGAUCAUCAUCCCGUGGCUACGCAAGAAAAGCCAGCUUCUGCAGUCUAUGAAGAAAGAUGUGAUUGUUGACAUAAUACGUAACUGCUACUAUCAGCACAACGCCGCAGAUCACGUGGUCAUAAAGCAAGGAGAGAGUGGAGAGUGCUUUUACAUCAUAGUCAACGGCAGCGUGUCAGUCUAUAUUGACCCAAACUUAUCGGGAGAGUCCGCCUUGAAAGACAAGGAAGAAAAGGAAGAGCCAAAAGAAAUCGAGAGUGCUGAAGAAUUAGACAAUGUGGAACAGGACGAAAACGAAACUGAAAGCAAUACUCAGGGAGUGACGGCGGAGGAGGAGGAGGAAGAAUAUGAAGACGAUGGAGAAAAAGAUGAAGAUGGAGAUGAAGAAGGGGAUGACAUUUCGGACGAUGAUGAAGCAGAUGAUGAUGAAGAAGAAGAAAAACAGUCGAAGAACCGCACGCUGUCCGUGAAGUCAUCGGCAAAGCCACCAAAAUCUUCCAAAUCCACCAAAUCUACAAAAUCCUCAAAGGCAGCCAAAACUCCCAAGAAGCCGCGGUUGAACAGAAGCCUGUACGGGAACUACAUCGUGUCCUUUGGUUCAGGCAAGAGCUUUGGGGAAAUCGCCCUCAUUAGUGAGGACAACAUCAGGAACGCGUCCAUCAUCACAGACGAGGAGACAGAUUUCCUGGUAAUCCACAGGGAUCUGUACAACAGGUGCUUGAAGGCUGCUGCAGAACUAGAGUUUAAAGAGAAAAACGACUUCGUAGAGAACCACCCCUUCUUCUGUACGUGGACGCCCAAGAUGCAAAGUCUUCUGAAGAUGAGCAUCAGAAAGGAGAGCUACAGCUUUGAUACUCCCAUUGUCCGCCAGGGAGAGCCUGUUGUAGGACUGCACUUUAUGUUGAAUGGUCAGGCAAAGUUCGUGGUGGAGCCAGGUAAGCACAAGGGUCAGUACCCGGACAGACACCCCUUCCAGGACUCCGCGGACGUCUACAGCGGGGACUGGAUGCCAAAAAGAAAGCGGUUGGAUUCUUCCAACAACGAUGACCCAAACAAAUCAACAGUAAAACAGGAAUCCGUGCGAGUGCGCAGGCGCGACGGUUACGCCGCAGCAGAGAAAAAACUCCACGGUAAAUCCAUGGAUUUAUGUUUUGUGCGGGACCGAGAAAUCAUUGGAGACAUUGAGAUUGCUAUGAAUCUUGACACUUACUUCGCUACAGUGAUAUGCACUACAAAUACCCAAGCUUUCCUCUUAGAUUUAAAGACAUAUGAGCGACUAAUCAUAAAGAAAAACAAACCAACGAUAGAAACGCUAACACUUCACGCGGAAACAAAGCUCAUGUCGCGAGUCACCUCCCUCCAAGGGAGUCAAGUACCACUUCUACGUCAUCUAGCGUUCAAAUUGCAUCACCAAGAGGAGACGCAACCGAAGAAAACGACACCACUAAGAAACUCAAAGGAGCUUCCGGAUAAAGAGGUGCUUAUACAUAAACUUCUCCAAUGGUUCGUACGGGACAGAGCCCCGCUAAUAGAACCCAUGGUGCCCGGUGCGGUAUUCUACAAAGACAUAAUGGAGGAGAAAGCCAAACGCCGGGAAGGUAUCAGGGCACACAGAAAGAAAAUGGAAAGAAAAAAUAUGCUUCCAAGUACUUUACGCAAAGACGUUAGCCAGGACAGCCGUAAACCUCGCAGCAUAACUGCCUUGAAAGACGUUAUAAAACGCAUGAAGGAGAAGGGUGUCAUUGAUUCCGGGCAGCCAAAGCCGAGAACUUUCGAGCAGCAUUCGCAGGAAAUUGACACGCUCCUGUCGAAACCCAAGCAAGAAUGGCAAGCAGAGAAAGAACGUAAGAGGCAAGAGGUAGUGGAGCAAGAGCGAUUGAAACGAGAGGAUAAUAAUACGCAAGCUGCGCGCAGAGCUUCCAUGCAUCUUAUCUUCGCAGCAGCAAAAGUGGAUCAACCACCCGUGUCCAAGGAGAGUGACACUGUGGAAAACUCUCCCCGGAUUUCUGCUUCAGGGGAACAACACGAGUCCGUGAGUGCAACGAAUUUAGGUCAAGGUCAGGGUCAAGCUGAGGCUACCAAGCAGUCCAAUUCACCGAGUCUAACGUCACCUCCAAGAGAAAUCUCAAAUACCGGUGAUGUGGAGGUGAACACAGGAGCCGAUGGUAACCAAGCCAUUGACAGACUGACUAUCGAACUGCCUGCUAAGAGCAACGGGAGCCCAACGCCGUCUAACGCUACCAAACCAUCACCAACAUGCUCAGUGAGCACUCCAGUAACAGGCAUGCGCAGAAUGAGCGAUCCAGAGGUUUCCAAGGCUACAACUGGGAAACAGUUUCUUCCGGUGAUACAAGAGCGACCUCAGACGGAAGAAAAAGCUACAAGAGAUCUUAUAACGACUUUACAGAAAAUAACUUUGGAACGCGAGCGUGCGAAAUCUCAACCGGAGGAACCAGAACGCAGGGAUAGUCUGUUGCCCGACUUAGAAGUUAACCCAGUCGAAAACCCGUCAAGCAUGGGUCUGAAGAGACCAAGAGGGCUGAAGUUUUUCAACGCCAUAGUGCGCAACAAGAUCCGUCUUUUGGAGAAGCAGCAAGCGUUUCGUGACUGGGAAACCAGCGAUAAGAUUCUCUCGUACCUUGAAGAACGGGUGAAGAGGUUCAGCGUUAAUUCCCACCGCCACGCCAAGUCUGCGGUCUCCCUGCCUCAACUGCGGCGGUACAAUAUUAAAGAAGGUGAGAUAAACCAGCCAAAACCCGGCGGAAAGGUGAUGAUAAAGAAACAGACGUGUCCGCUGACGCAGUGUCGGUAUCACAUCAAAGACCACGAGCACAUACGAUAUCACAUGGUGGAGGCGUUACCAAAUAAGGAUAAAAUUCAAAAAGCACGUGUCAUGGUACAGAUGCUUAUGGAGAAAUCGAUCGAGAAAAAAUUACAGCAGGAAAGUACGUCAAAGAAAAAAUUGGGGCAGUGGAUUCCGUAAUGCUGAACGAGCUGAGCAGUAUGUGCGUUUUUUUGUUUUAUGAUAACAAAGUGAGCGUUACUUUGCUCGUCACCUUCAUAAGUGAUCCUUCAGAAAGUGAUCCGUCUGGACAUUCACGGCAUUGUUUUAUAUAAAAGCUGCGCAGAGGAAUGAAACAGUUCCAGAGGCAGUGUAAUACACUUUGACUGCCAGAUGGUUAGCAGUGCCCAAACAAUUGUAUACAUGCUCAUGACUUGUGAUACGACUUCACCUCAUAAAAUUCACCUUAUAAAGGUUGAAAUGCAAACUUAUAAAAUAUUAAUGGUAGAUAAGCAUAAUUUUGAUAGGUAAUGUACAAAUUGUAAUGAUAUAUUUUUACUCUUGGUGUGUUGAUAUUGUUAAACAUACACUUUUUUCUGUGAUAAAACACAUAGCAGUGUUACCUGGCGCUGGCCGCUUUGUCUUCAUAUCCUUACACAUUUGUGCAAGGCACUUGUUAUACUUGGGCAUACUUGGAUAUAAUUGGGAAUACUUGGAUAAACUUUUAACGAGAAAAAAAAUAGUGGAACUGGUACAUGACGACCAGAUGCGGCGGGUUGAACAGUCAACCUAGCUUGUUUAUUAUAAAGAAACUAUUUCAGCACAGUAGCGCAUUAUCAGAUAAAAACAAAGCAACAUAUUUUGGUGUUUCCAUACACGUUCGAAAUGUACUUGUGUUGACUGCCACUGUUAUGAAAAAUAACACAGUUUUGGUAUAUAAAUCUCCUUCACCCAUACACCUAGUAAUAACGUAUUGAUUUGAUAAACUUUACCAAUGUCAAAUUUGCCAUCUUCUCGCUUUGAAACAUUUGACAUUACAUUUUGUGA